UUUUUUCAGUCUUUUCUUUAGUUUAUGGGUUUCCGGAGAGUGUCAGAGACAAGAGCUGCCACCACAGCAGAAGCCAGAAGGAACAGAGGUGCAGUCAUAAUACGUGCAGAGGAGAGAGAGACACAGAGGAAAACAGAGCAAAAACAGAGAGAGAGAGAGAGAAAAGCUUAAAGAAGGGAGGUGGCAGGGCAGUAGAGCUAAGCACUGUAAUUCAGAACCAUUAGUUUUAUCCAUGUACAGAAGAUUCUGCAGCCUAAAUGGUCCCUGAAAUAAAUAUACCUACUCUACUCCACCAUCUAUUUUCUGCUCUAUUAAAUCAUGCACACUCUCCUCUCUGGCUCCUCUGCCUCUCUAUUUCCCCCUGAAACUGUCUGAAUAAGUUUUUGGGUUGCAUUUUCUUUGAGCAAGUCGGUUUGUUUUUUCAUUUUUGGGGUUUUAAUGAUGAGUAGUAGUGGUGUGAGAGGCAUGAGGUUUCCUUUUACUCCAUCUCAAUGGCAAGAGCUUGAGCACCAAGCUCUGAUUUACAAGUACAUGGUUUCUGGCAUACCAAUUCCUCCUGAUCUCCUCUUCUCCAUCAAAAGAAGCUGCUUGGACUCUCCUCCUCUCUCUUCAAAGCUCUUCUCUCCUCACAUUGGGUGGAACUGUUUUCAGAUGGGCCUGGGGAGGAAGAUAGACCCAGAACCAGGAAGGUGCAGAAGAACAGAUGGGAAGAAAUGGAGGUGUUCAAAAGAGGCAUUUGCUGAUUCUAAGUACUGUGAGAGGCACAUGCAUAGAGGCAAAAACCGUUCAAGAAAGCCUGUGGAAGUUUUCAAAGCAACACCACCAACAUCAGCAAAUUCAAACUCAAGCACAUCACCAAUCACCAAGAUUUUCAACUCACCUUCCAAUUCACUAAGCACACCCUUCCAUUCACUAUCUUCACUCUCACCUAAUGAAAGUAGCUACAAUAGUAGUAGUUCUGCUCAUCUUGAUGAUCAUCAUUUCCUUUAUUCAAGGCCAAACAUGGGGUUUUCACAGCAAGAAAGAGGCACCUCCUUGUUUUUGGAAUCUGCUUCGUACAAUAAUAAUCCCCUGCAUCCCAACUUAGAAUACAGAUCAAACAGGUUUAGUUAUGGGGUGAAAGAAGACGUGGAUGAGCAUGCAUUCUUCUCAGAGCCUUCAGGGAGUGUUAGAGGCUUCUCUGGCUCUUCUUCAUCUUUGGAUCAUCAUCAAAAUGAAUCCAAUUGGCAGCUCACAAUGAGUUGUUCUAACUCCUCUUCAAAACAGAGGACGUGCUCUGCUUUACAAACAGAGCAAUAUCCUCAUUUGCAGCUUCAGAACUUCAGUGACUCCAAAAUGGAGAGAAGAGAAGAAACCCAGAGAACCAUACAUCACUUCUUUGAUGAAGGCCCUCCCAAAGAUAGAGAUUCAUCUUGGCUUGAUUUGGAUGGUAAUAAUAAAUCUUCAAACAGUGGAUCAGUUUCCACCACCAGGCUCUCAAUCUCCAUACCAAACUCUGCUCAUGACUUCCCCAUCUUCAAUUCAAGAAAUCAUCAUGAUGACUGAACAGCUUCCUGUACUGGGUUUCUGAAUCAGAGGGCCAAAACCUGUACUUACUUGGUGUCAACUCUUUUUUGUGUAAUGUCUAAUUAGUGAAGGGAGGAGGAGUACUAUUUUUCUUUUUCUUUUUAUAAUUAGUUUGAAUGUGGUUGAGUUGGGUUAUAAUUUUUAUUAUUGUGUUUUUAAAUGAA